AAAAAAAAACCCCAACAACAUUCAAUCAUUCUUCCAAGUGCAACACUGUUGCUGCUGCCUCGUCUGGCUGUUUUGACCUCAACCAAGCCGCUCCUCGGAGGGGACGGAAGACAAGUUGAUAGGCGUCACUGAAAGUAACCAUCCCGACUAUACCUGGAGAUAUCGUCUGACAUGAUCCCGCACUGGUGAGCGGCGAUCCCACCUGUGUCUUCUUCUCCCUGGUUUCUGCGUACCUGAGCCUAAAAGCAUGGCCUGCGCCACCCUGAAGUCGCUUUUGGCCAGCCUGUCCCAGAGGAAGCCCCUCGAGCCGGAAGGGGAGCAGUCUACUUUUAAACGAUGCCUGACCACCCUAGACCUGGUGGCCCUCGGCGUGGGCAGCACCCUGGGGGCCGGCGUCUACGUCCUCUCUGGAGAAGUGGCCAGAGAAACGUCCGGGCCGAGCAUCAUCCUCUCGUUCUUCAUCGCCGCCCUGGCGUCCAUAUUCGCCGGGCUUUGCUACGCGGAGUUUGGGUCCAGAGUUCCUAAAACUGGCUCGGCGUACCUCUACAGCUAUGUGACGGUUGGGGAGCUGCUGGCUUUUAUCACCGGGUGGAACCUGCUUCUCUCCUAUGUCAUAGGGACGUCCAGCGUUGCGCUCGCAUGGAGCGGGACCUUUGAUGACCUCCUCGGGGGUGUCAUGUCCAAAUUUUUCGAAGAAUACGCAGCCAUGGGGCUUCCAGGCUUGGCCCCCUACCCAGAUGUGUUUGCAGCUUCUCUCAUUAUGCUCUUAUCUGGUGUACUCUCCUUCGGGGUCAAAGAGUCAACCACAAUCAACAAGGUUUUCACUGGGGUCAACAUUGUGGUGCUGGUCUUCGUGGCCAUCUCGGGCUUCAUCAAGGGAGACAUCUCAAACUGGCGAAUCAGUGAAGAGAUGGUGCUCAACGCCUCGGCGACAGUCAACAACCUGAGCAGCACCGCCAACCUCACAAGCUCGUAUGGAGUCGGCGGAUUUUUCCCCUACGGCAUCAGCGGAACGCUGGCUGGUGCAGCGACAUGCUUCUACGCUUUUGUGGGCUUUGACUGCAUAGCGACGACAGGUGAGGAGGUGAAGAACCCUCAAAAAUCUGUUCCUGUGGGGAUUGUGGCCUCGCUACUUAUCUGCUUCCUGGCCUACUUUGCUGUUUCUGCCGCGCUCACCCUGAUGAUGCCUUACUACAUGCUCAGCAGAAAAAGCCCCCUGCCCGUGGCUUUUGAAUAUAUCGGCUGGGGUCCUGCCAAAUAUGUUGUGGCGGUGGGGUCACUGUGUGCUCUGUCCACCAGCCUGUUGGGUUCCAUGUUCCCCAUGCCGAGGGUUAUGUUCGCCAUGGCGAGAGACGGUCUGCUUUUCCAACCGCUGACCAAAGUCACAUCUAGAGGUAGUCCUGCAGUGGCUACCAUAUCGUCUGGAACUGUGGCAGCCAUCAUGGCUCUGCUAUUUGACCUGGAUGCCUUGGUGGAAAUGAUGUCCAUCGGCACCCUGUUUGCCUACACACUCGUGGCCAUUUGCAUCUUGAUACUGAGGUACCAGGUGAGCCCGUCUCAAGAGAGAGAACUGCAAAUCAUUGAGAGAAACACCAAGUUUGGCUUCCUGAAGCCGCCGUCAUCUCCAAAUUCAGCCAGCUCAAGAACAGUCACUAUUCUGAUUUUAGUCUCUGUUGCAUGUGUGGCUGCGCUCUGCCUCACCCUCAGCCUCGGUAUUGAUGCGUUAUCGUCUAUGGAAGCAUGGAGCAUCGCACUCGUCUGCAUCUUCUCUAUCAUCCUGAUACUUACAGUUUUCCUCAUCUGGAGGCACCCACAGAACGCGUCCAAAGCCACCUUCAUGGUGCCUUUACUCCCUGCACUUCCCAUCGUGAGCGCGCUUAUAAACAUCUACCUCAUGUUCCAGUUACAAGGCGCCACGUGGGUUCGCUACGCUGUCUGGAUGGCAGUCGGCCUGCUCAUCUAUUUUGGCUACGGGCUGCAUUACAGUGUCCAGAGGCAGCGGAUCAAAACCAACCUGCCAGCAUUCAAAAGCAUCAGUGAAAAAGCAGACAUGAACAUCAUUAAAGAGGACAAAUUCUAAACCCGGGAUGGUGUGAGCGGAGAUGAAUAGAGAUGUUACAGUGAGUCACUGUUUGGUAAUUGUGUGCAGCGACAUGCAUGGCUGCUGCUCCGACAGUGUUAAGCAUAAGUACUUUAUCACAUAUGUGUGCAGUUUGAAUUAAUUUCAUGUUUUUUUCCACUUUGAAGUUGUGUAUCAUCAUUAAUCAUGCUUACAUAUGUUGCCUUUUGAUUGCAAAGUAGGUCCGUGCAUUUUUUUGUAAGUUGUAUAAAAUGUACGGCAUCAAAAGUUUUUUUCUAAUACUAUUUCUACUUUUAGACGUGUAUAUAAAUGAUCUGUAAUAGUAUUUGUGAUUUGUUGAUACGGAAUGUAUACAUCUAUUUUGUAUUUGUUGACAAUGUGGAUAUGAAAUUGUUUCUUGUUUCUAAGUGUAAAUAUGAAGAAUGUACAUGUUUUGUCAAUAUAUAUUGUAAAUGUAUCUUUUAA